UCCCUGCCGCGCAAAAGCCGAUGCUCGAUUCCCGCGCGUCCGGCGCGAAUAUGCCCCUGUACGGCCGGAUGCUAUGAAGCUCUCCCUGUCGACUAUCCUUCCGGCUAGGGUAAAAGCGAGAGUUAGCGCGGCGCCUUGGCUGGGAGGAGCUGCGGGCGGCGGGGCGAUCGAUCGAUGCUUUGCCGGGGAAUGUGCGUCGCGCGCUUGCGAUCGCGGCAUUGCUAGGGUUCUUCCGGCGGCGAUAGAUGGUGAUUUUGCGUGGGGAGGUGGCCGCGUGAGAAUUCCGGGCUGAGAAUGCAAGCGGGGGAGCACCGGCGCAAGAGCGGUGUCGCGAAUUUCAUCACGGAAUACGGCGAGGCGCAGCGUUACAAGGUCUUGGAGGUGAUUGGGAAGGGCAGCUAUGGCGUCGUGUGCUCCGCGAUCGACACCAGGACCAACGAAAAGGUGGCGAUUAAGAAGAUCAACGACAUCUUCGAGCAUGUGUCCGAUGCAACUCGCAUCCUCCGCGAGAUCAAGCUGCUCAGACUGCUGCGCCAUCCGGACGUUGUGGAGAUCAAGCACAUACUUCUUCCGCCAUCGAGGCGAGAAUUCAAGGAUAUCUACGUGGUGUUUGAGCUCAUGGAGUCGGACCUCCACCAAGUGAUCAAAGCCAACGAUGAUCUCAUGCCCGAGCACUACCAGUUUUUCCUCUACCAGUUGCUACGAGGGUUGAAGUUCAUCCACACGGCGAACGUUUUCCAUCGGGACUUAAAGCCCAAGAACGUUCUAGCCAACGCUAACUGUAAGCUAAAGAUAUGCGAUUUUGGACUCGCCCGAGUGGCGUUUAACGACGCUCCCACGGCCAUAUUCUGGACGGAUUAUGUAGCCACCAGGUGGUAUCGAGCUCCUGAGCUUUGCGGUUCCUUUUUCUCGAGGUAUACUCCAGCAAUCGACAUAUGGAGCAUUGGUUGCAUAUUUGCUGAGACAAUCACUCGGAAGCCACUGUUUCCUGGAAAGAACGUUACUCAUCAGCUCGAACUCAUCACUGACUUGCUCGGAACGCCGUCACAGGAUGUCAUUUCUCGGGUUCGCAAUGAGAAAGCACGGAGAUACUUGAGCACAAUGAGCAAAAAGAGCCCUGUUCCGUUCUCUGAGAAGUUCAAGAAUAUAGACCCUCUAGCACGUAACCUCUUACAGAAGAUGCUUGCUUUUGAUCCGAAAGAUCGGCCGUCUGCUACGGAGGCCCUGGCGGACCCCUAUUUUCAAAGUAUGUCUCAUUUACAGCGAGAGCCUGCUGCCAACCCGAUUUCAAGGAUGGAAUUCGAGUUCGAAAGACGAAGACUGACAAGGGAAGACGUCAGGGAGCUCAUAUAUCGCGAGGUAACGCAUUAUUAUCGAUUCGAGUCUUUGAGCACUGCUUCGCAGAUAUUGGAAUACCAUCCGCAGAUGAAGAUGGAGUAUGUGAACGGCAACGACCAAGCAAACUUCAUGUACCCAAGUGCUGUUGACCAGUUUCGAAGACAGUUUGCCCAUCUGGAGGAGCAUUACGCGAAGGGUAACGCGAUGGUACCCCUGGAAAGACAGCAUGCUUCUUUGCCAAGGGAACGGGGUCUGGAGUUUCGGGAGGAGGCUGCUAGAUUCGUCCGGGAACAACACGCGCUAGCAUCGUCUCGAUCAUCUCAAACGCAAGACCAGCAACAGCAGCAGCAGCAGCAGCAGCAGCAGCAGGAACAAGCUCCUAGGAACUACGGCAAGAACGUGAUCGAAGGCAAGCGGUUCAUGAAGUGUGCUAGCAUCUCCAGCACCUGUCUUCCAGCCCAAGGAUCGAGCAGGACGGAGGAAGAUCAUCACAGGGAUGCAUCGCUCGCGAGCGAGGUGGAUAGGAAAACACAGGCAUUGACAAUCGCGGGAAAUGCUCCAGCGCCGGCACAACAAUACUGGCAGUAAGUUCGUCCAACAUUCUUUAUAUUUUUUCCUUUUGUUACAUCAAGAUUUUUCUCACACGACAAAGCAACAUUGUUAA